AGGAGACACAGAGAGGGAAGAUGGAGGAAGAGGAGACACAGAGAGGGAAGAUGGAGGAAGAGGAGACACAGAGAGGGAAGAUGGAGGAAGAGGAGACACAGAGAGGGAAGAUGGAGGAAGAGGAGACAAAGAGAGAGAAGAUGGAGGAAGAGGAGACACAGAGAGGGAAGAUGGAGGAAGAGGAGACACAGUUGAGAUGAAGGAGGAUGCUCUGUCAGAGCUCCUCUUCUUCAGUCCUUCAGCAUCAGAGCCCCUGACGGCCACCCUUGAUCCUUUAGACACCUGGGGUCACGACCCCGACAACAGAGAUGACCUUAGCGACAGUCACCUUAGCGACUGCCUCCAAGCUGAGCUGGCUGUCGUGUACUCGGACAGCGACGCAGGGGAGGACCAAUGGGCUGUCUCCACGCCCUGUGAUGUCACUAACCAGGAAGAAGCAGAUGCAGAGGUUCAUGAUGGAGAAAGCAUGGAAGAGGAGAAAGGCUAUGAGGCAGAAGUAGAGAGUGUAACAGAGGUGCAGAGAAAGGAGGAAGAGGAGGAGAGGAGGAAUGAUGAUGAGGAGCAGAGGAGGUCGGGGAGAGAUGUUUUCAUGCGGACUCCUUCUGUCAACUCCACUGCCAGCUCCAUAGACCCUGACAGGAAGGUUCCUGCAGACUUCUGUGUCCGGAUGGAGAGCCACAGUGAACAUGUCUCCAACGAGCAUGUGGACUUCCUGUUGGCCCGGCAGCAGUGGAGGAAUAUGGAGAAAGAGGUCAAAGGUCAGCCGAUCCCCAAACCAGGGCUCAGAGCCCAGGGGAGCUUCCAGGGCACCCACACAUCACUGUACCCCCCCACACGCAGCCCCCGACUCAAACACAGGGAGAUCCAUCCGGCCCCAGUCCCCAGGGAGCCCCCCCUGGCCCACACCCUGUCCCCCAGUUCAGAGGACUCGGGCCUGGACGACGUGUCGUACCGCAGCCCGAUGGAGGAGCCGGAGAGCGCCGUGGAGAGAGAGAUCCGACUGACCCUGGAGAGAGAGGAGCGGCACCGCAGGGAGCGGGGGGGGGUCUCACACGGCCUCGCUAUACCCAGGCCCUCCACCCUGCAGACAGGACGGUCUCCACCCAGACCUCCAGCCUGCCGGACCCCCACCUUGUCCAUCUCCCCCUCUCCAUCCUGCUCCUCCUCCCUCCCACGGUCUGGCUACCAUGAAAUGACAGCCAACAACGUCAUCAUCCUGGAGCCGGACUGCUCAGGCUCCGCCUCCAGGAACCGCUUACUCUCCUCCGCAAUCGGGGGCCUCUCUGAUUGGCCAACAAGCCAGGACGCGAUGCCAUCUGCCAACGUCAUUGUCGUGGAAACCUCCAAUCUCAUCAUUCGCAGCGCUUCAGAAUUCUGCCUAAGCUCCGACCCGGUGUCAAUGGAACCGCAGGAGAGCACCUUCUCCUCCAAUCCGUUCUUCAAGCUGCGCUCCAUCAGCAGCCAGUCGCUGGUGGAGCAGGAGAUCCGCAUGGUGAGGCAGAGGGAGGAGGAGUGGAGGAGGCAGAAGGAGGAGAUGUGGAGGAAUAGGAGGGAGGAGGACUGGAAGAGAGGAAGAGAGAGGUACAACACGGUGCUGGUGUCUCCAGGCCUCAACGACAACAUCAGCUUCAGCGUUCCAGUACCAGAGGUUCCAGACAGAUGUGCCUCCUCCCCUUCCUCCCCUUCCAGAAACCGCAAAAUGGAACGAUCCAGUUUGUCUUGUGACCACAAGUUCCCCUCCUUCCUCUCUUCGGUGCCGAGACGACAGAACUCCAUGGCGCAGCGGUGGGAGGCCUCCCUAUUAGCCAAUCAGAAGAAGGAAUGAGCAACGAUACCGCUGAACUGUCAGCCAAUGAAAAGCCCAAAUGAAGCUCCACGCCUCCUUCAGUCCGUCAGCAGCUGAUGUUGGGCUCAGUUGUGGCUUUAAUCUGAUUGGUCCGUUGUGUUGUCUGUUGGACGUCCUGUGACAAGAGGACUAUUUUCAUUUAGUGAGCUUGUUCCAAAGAUGAAGGUCAUUAUCCUAGAUAAGGUUUCCAAAAUGCUUUCAAAUCAAAUGUCUGCAGACGUUGUUCUUAUAACUUGUGUGGACUCCCAGGAGGCGCAUCCCAAUAAUAACUGAGUAUGAAAUGGCAAUCAUAUUUAUACCACUGUUUUUUUAAAUGUGACCUGGACUUUAUGGAUUUUAGAAUCUGUGGUAUUCUCCUUUAAUAUUCACAGCACUUUGAUUUCUAGAUGUUUAUGAAUUAUUCUACUUCAAGUAUUGGUAUUAGAUUUUUAUGAUAAUGACUUGUGAUGUGGGGAUUAGAAAAUCAUUUUUGACUUUAUUUUAAAUAGUUCAAACACCGCUUAUUUGAAAAUAUUGUAGCUAUGCAUAGAUUUGAGAAGGUACAUGCAAAAAUGAGUUAGCAUGUUGUGUUCUUUUCAAAUGACAUUCAUGUCUUUUGAAAAGGUCCAUGCUAGAAUUUGAACAUCACUGCCUGUGUGAAAUGUUAUUAUAAGCCAUCAUUCAAAAGAGUUGCAGGUCAUGUUGGCUGCUAACUAAAUAACAAAUAACUGGCACAGGGGAGCUUCUGGAGGCUCUUCUCUAAGAGGGAUUGGUUGUAACCCAGUAGUGGUUAGGGAGGAAGCCAUUUUGUGGGAAGAGAAAACAUAUUCUCUUUUCAGGAAUAUUGUAGUAGUUUCAAGCCAUGCUUGUUUUCUUUACUCGCUCUACACCACAGAGCAUUUUCUGAUGUGUGUGACAAAACCAAGAAGAAUACAGCAUCAAGUUGAGCUCAUUUUGAAAACAAUGAAACCAGCUAGCUACCUUCAGUAAUAUGAGUUAAGGUUAGCCCCGUUUACCCCUUUGCCUUCACAACACAGCCUCUUAUGUUCCAAACUACACUGAAGUCUAAUCCCAGAGCUAGCAGGGCUGUACCAUGUGUGUUUCUUUUGAACAUUUGAAGCUUCUAUUGAGGUCAGCUAAGUUACUGUAGCUUCCAACACCUCUUGUGAUAUAAGAAUACAACCAAAAUCCUCUAAUGAUCCCUUAGAGCUAUUUAAAAAAAAAUCUCAAUAUGGAUGCCUGACACCUGAUAUGUUUGCUGCAUACCAACCCAGUCUCACGGCAUUUCGUGUUAUAGGCACAACAUUUAUUUAAUCUAUUGAUUCGUGUUCACCAACACGAUUUUCCCCUUUUUUUCGUGUCACACAGAACGAUUUUAAAAGCAAUGUAUUUCUAUUGGUAGUAUGUCUCGUCUUUUUGUCCGGUCGGGUCUUGGAAUAUCAGAAGCUGUGUGGUUCAUAAAAACAUGUUCUUACUCAAUAUCUUACCCUAAGCCUAACCAUCCCUUUUAUUUUAAAUUGUAUAAUGUCUGAGUUUUUUUGCCGUCAGCGAGGAAAAGAAAUGGCUCAGAGCCUCAGAAUACUGAAAUCUGUAUUUUAUGUCAUCUUUUUUUCCUUCUAAUUUGUUAUUAUUUGGUGCAGGCACGAAACAUACUACCAAUAUAAAUACAUUGCUUCUAAAAUCGUUCUGUGUCAGAAUACUGAAAUCUGUAAUUUUUUUGUAUCUGUUUUUCCUUCUAAUUUGUUAUUAUUUACAUUGCUUUUUAAAUCGUUCUGUGUGACACGAAAAAAAUGGCGAAAUCGUGUUGAUGAACACGAAUCAAUAGAUUAAUUUUGUGACUAUAACACGAAAUGCCGUGAGACUGUGUUGUGCAUACAUACAUGCUAGCUAGCUUACAGCUCAUUUCUGUUUGGUUGGUACAUGAGGUGUUGGAAGCAACCAGGUUGUAAAAAAAACACUUAGCUGUCAAAUAUUAGCGAAUACCUCAAUAGGAAUAUUUACAUUAUUUCUGAAAACUCCUUAAAAACGAGCUGUAAUAAGCAGAUAUUUGAAGACUGCUUUAGCAUUACAGGUGUUAGCAUGGUAGUCCCAUGACACUGUCUGUGGCUCUGCUGGUUUAGCUUAACAUCUCGAAUGCUUCUGAAACAUUCAGAUAUUCUAAUGUAGUCUAGUGAAGAGUUUGACAUAUUUUUGUGUCCUUUCUUGAUUCCUAAAAAGAGAUUUCUUGUACCUGUAUUUUUGCUGCAUAUAUUUAUUAAUUGAGCAAUGCUUGUAAAUCCUUAAAUAUUUUAUUUGUGAAACGUUUAUAAUAUAUUGUUUGAGAAUGACUGUUUGAAGAUGACGUCUGCCAUGUUUAUAAGAGAUUACUUUUGUGUGCGGUGUGUGCAUGUGUUUGUUUUAUAGUACUCCAUGCGUUAGCUAGUCGGAGCUCCCUUUAGUUUGGCUUCUCUAGCUCUGCUUUCCCCAGAGAACUCAACUGGACUGGCAAUAUUCAACUCGUGCUUUCAACUCAACUCAGAAAUGGCAGAUGAAAGUAGCAGGAUGGAAAUUAAAUUAGUUAAUGCCUUACAUUAUAAAAUAUACUGCAGAAGAUCAAACCACGCUGUUAGCUUAUGAACUGUGUUUAAGUUGCGAGUCACUGUGCAACGUGUAGCCUGUAGCUAUAUCUCUGCACUUCAUUUUGAGAGGGGUUGGAAUUUCCUCGAAUCCCUCUUAUUAGCAAACUACUUUUAAUUUGAGUCUUUAGUUGCUUAUUUCCUCCUCUUUCUUUCUAUAAAUGGGAAUUUCAUUUUUAGACUAUAGCUUUCAAGGAUAUCCCCCUCAUUUGGCUUUAUAUUGAUUUAUCUGCAUUUUUGCAGAACAUUUAGAUGAGUUGUUUUUGUCAACCAUCACUUCUAUUUUAUCCACACUGGGAAGAGAUGCCUUCAGGGUCAGCAUGGGCACACGGAACAGUAACUGCUAGAUGAACCUAAAUCAUGGAAGAAGAAUUAAGGUAGACUUGAACAAAUAUUGUAUUUCCUUUAAAACAAAUCUAGGGGCUGAUGUCAUAUUUCAUUCUGAGAUGUAUUGAAUGCACAAUAAUAAGUGCUGUGUGUAAAGGUGGGCAUGUCAUGAUGUAACUGUGUACAUAAUAAACUGUAUGAUAGUACAACUAUCAGUAAUACUUCAUUACUCAACAACACUACUCUAGUUUGUAGAAGAAAGUGCAUUUUGGUCUUGAACAUUGCUAAAUGUUCAUGCUGCUUCUCAAUGAACAUGCUACCUGCUAAUAUUCUGUAUGGACUCAUAUAAGCUGCUGUCCUGAACAGAACUGCUUUUCCUCAUAGCCUAGCAUUAACAUGUAUUCUGCUUCUGUUCAUUUGCCUUGAGUGUCAGUCAUAUAAUAAUUGCCAAAUAAAAAGGUCUGAUGUUGACAUCUUCAAUAAAGCGUUACUCCUGAAACCUAACA